AUGGGUGGUGCUCUAAAGAGCAAGCGUUUGUCUGAGUGCCAGCCUGACGAUGUGGCCCGGACUGAGCGAAUGCAAUCCUGGAUUGAGAAUGGCGAAGGGAAACCGCUGCUUGCUUCACAAAAGGUGGUUGGAGGAAAAGUCAAAAGUUCGAUGAUAUCAGCCUCUUUUAAUUUCAUCAAUUCGAUAAUAGGAUCUGGAAUAAUAGGUUUGCCGUACUCCUUAAACCAGGCUGGCCUUCCCCUUGGCCUUUUUCUCCUGGUUUUGGUAGCAUUUAUUACAGACUACUCUAUCAUCUUGUUGAUUAAAGGAGGGAAUCUUUCAGGGACAAAUAGUUACCAGUCACUUGUACGUAGCACUUUUGGUAUCACUGGAUUUCUGGUUCUGUCUUUAUUGCAGUUUCUAUACCCUUUCAUUGCUAUGAUCAGCUACAACAUCAUAACUGGUGACACAUUGACCAAAGUGUUUCAGAGACUACCUGGAGUUGGACCGGGCCACAUACUUACAGAGAGACAUUUUGUCAUCGCAGUAUCCACUAUUCUAUUCACAUUACCCCUGUCUCUUUUCCGGAAUAUAUCAAAGCUGGGAAAGGUAUCCUUACUGUCCAUGGUGUUGACUGUUUUCAUCCUCAUCACUGUUAUCAUCAGAGCAGCUACCCUGGGACCACAUAUUCCCCCUACAGAGAAUGCGUGGGUGUUUGCAAGGUGGAAUGCGAUUCAGGCCGUUGGUGUUAUGUCUUUUGCCUUUAUCUGCCAUCACAACAGCUUCAUGAUCUACGGCUCUCUGACGGAACAGAGCCUAAGUAACUGGUCUCGUGUCACCCACAUGUCUGUUGGUUCGGCUAUGAUUGUCAGUAUUCUGUUUGCUGCGACUGGCUAUGCUACCUUCACUGGGUACACGCAAGGUGAUAUCUUUGAAAACUACUGUGGGAACGAUGACCUGGCUACUUUUGGUCGCUUCUGUUUCGGCAUCAGUAUAAUAACAACUUUUCCUCUGGAGUGUUUUGUGACUCGAGAGGUAGUAUCCAAUGUUUUUUUUAAAGGGUCUCUCAACAACCAUGCCCAUGUGGCGGUCACCUUGCUCAUAGUUGCAGCGUGCACAGCAUUAUCCUUGGCCUACGACUGUCUGGGUAUUGUUCUGGUGUUAAAUGGUGUUGUAAGUGCCACACCUUUAAUUUUCAUCAUUCCAUCAGCUUGCUACCUCAAGCUUUCCACAGAGCGCUGGUUCCAAGGUGAAAACCGCAUCCCCUGUCUCAUCCUCAUAGCUGGUGUCUUUGUCAUGACAACUGGUUUGAUCAUGGCGGUUAUGUUCCCCCAAGACUGCUCCCAUGGUGCCGAGAUGUUUUACUGUGUGACUUCCAACCUCUCCAUAUCCCCGACACCACCCACUGAGCUACUCUUUCAGAAUUCAACUCAGAAUUCUAGAUGA